AUGGGUUUACCGACGGACCCCUCUACCCAGCACGACGCUGAUGACCAUCCCUAUCCUUCCAACAUCGCUCUACCUCCGUCUCGUACCAACACCUUUGAGUCUCCCGGGGAGUCUCCCUCUCGUCCCUCCACGGACGCUGAGUCACAGCUUGAAUUGGCGACCCGUCACCGACCUAAGCGCAGCCUGGACGUCAAGGACGACCGUCCUGCCGAUACCCAAGUCUCACCUUCACGGGACCGCUCUCGACCCAAUGGCAAGCAGUCUAAUAGGAUGUGCGCAAAGUGCGGCGGUCAUCUGACUGGCCAGUUCGUACGCGCUCUGGGCGGCACCUACCAUCUUGAGUGCUUCACCUGCCAUGACUGCGGUAAAGUCGUCGCAUCCAAAUUCUUCCCUGUCCCCGAACAGCCGCCGAAUCAAUAUCCUCUUUGCGAAACGGACUAUUUCCGCAGAUUGGACCUACUCUGCCAUGCUUGUGGAGGCGCCCUGCGCGGCUCAUACAUCACCGCCUUGGAUCGCAAAUACCAUAUAGAGCAUUUCACCUGCUCUGUAUGUCCGACCGUAUUCGGCGCUCAGGACAGCUAUUACGAACACGAAGGAAAUGUAUACUGCCAUUAUCACUACUCCACAAAAUUCGCCCAGCGCUGCAACGGCUGUCAGACGGCCAUUCUCAAACAAUUUGUCGAAAUCUUCCGCAAUGGCCAGAACCAGCAUUGGCAUCCAGAAUGUUAUAUGAUACACAAAUACUGGAAUGUCCGGCUGCACCAAGGAGGGUCUUCAGAAGAACCCCUGAAUUCGGAAGAAAAUGCUACAGAAGAGAUGCGCAAGAUGGUCAAGGAAGGCGAGGAGAGUGUUGAGGAGAAGGUGCUCUGGAUAUGGCGCACACUCUCGUCUUUUGAAGAAAAAUCAGCAACAUGCAUCUCCGACAUGCUGUUACAUGUCAGCAACGGCGCCUAUGUUGACGGAGUCAUGACUGCCAAGAGGUUCAUUACCCACGUCGAUCUCCUUUUCUCUGCAGCCGAUCAUUUGGACCAAGUUCUGCAGUCUCACACAGCGAAGGGCUUGUCCUACUCUAGAGAAGCCAAAUUGCUCUGCAAGAAAGUUGUCGCCUUCUUCCAACUGCUUGCUGAAUCUCAGGAGACCGGUGUCAGGCGACUGGGUGUUACCCAAGAGCUUUUGUCCCUUGUCACAGGUCUAGCACACUACCUCAAGCUUUUGAUCCGCAUUUGUUUGCAGGGCGCGCUCAAACUAGAGCGUGAGACCGGCAGCCACGAGGGGCUUACAAACUUUUUGGACGAAAUUGGCGCGCUUGACGACAGACUCGAGGCUGAAGACGACAAAGACCCAAGGAGCGAGACCGAAAACUUUGUUGCGCGAUCUGCUGACAACUGCGCGGUUUGCGAUAAGUCCGUUGAGGACAAGUGCUUUGCACGCAGAGACAGGAGAUUCCAUGCCCAGUGUCUUACAUGCAGCAAAUGUUCAAGACCUCUCGCUGAUGAUCAUGCGAUAGCAAGAUGGGACGAGUCGUCUCAGAAACUCCUCUGCGACCGCCAUGCUGGAAACUCGGCCGAAGGAGAUGUCGUUUUCAUCAGUCGUCUACAACAAUAUGUCCACCUACUCCGCGUCGCCCACGCCAGGUUACUAGCUACACUUCGUACGAGCGGCGCUCUACCUCACACUUCAGAUGACCCGAAUCUCACAGACUAUGAUUCCAACAGAGGACAUCGUGUCUCGCCGAAGGGUUCCAUGGAUCCACCGUUACUUCGAUCAAACACUCGCUCCAAGUCAUAUGCCGGUUCGACCAAGCGUGAACAUUCACCAUCUUACGAGCAAACACUUGGAGACAUCCGAAGGCUACGAUCAACCCGCAUGGAGAAGAACAUUUCAACGACGAAUCGCAGAGCCCGCACAUCCAGAAUCAUUGACGGUCCAGAAGGUAUGCAUGGCGACACCGAAGACAAGCUUGAGCGUCGUCAAACGGGCAACUUCCAGAUUGUGGACGAUGGUGAAGCUGGUGGAUCACGCAUGUCACAGCUUCAGUUUGGCAAUCAUGAAUCCAUGACCCUAGACGAUAUUCCAAGAAUCGUUCAGGCACAGCAAACAAGAGAGCAAAGACCUAAUGCCUCCAAGUUCCACCGCGGACCUAUGAUACCUCAGGAACCAAGGCCAAAGCUCGUCAACAAUGGUCACACCCGACAUGUUUCGCUCGGCAACGAAGAAAAGCCAGCUCUCGUCGAAGGUGGAGCUUUCAGGACGAAGAAGUACUUCUCUGAGCUGUCCGCCCUUGAAUACUUUAUCGUUCGACAUGUGGCUGUUCUCUCGAUGGAGCCUCUUCUUGAGGGCCACUUCAAUCAAGAAGAGUUGCUUGACCUUAUCGAGACAAAGAGACCUACAUUCUGGGGUAAGUUCGGCAAGGCCUUCAAGCCCGAAGCAACCAAGAAGCACAAGGGGAACAAACGAGGCAUCUUUGGAGUCUCUCUUGAGCAACUGGUAGAGAAAGACUAUGCAGAAUCCACAGACGGUAUUGGGCCGGGUGCAUUGCGGAUACCAGUCCUUAUUCAAGAUGCCAUAUCUGCGAUGCGGACAAUGGACAUGUCUGUCGAGGGUGUGUUCCGCAAGAAUGGCAACAUCAAGCGACUGAACGACGUCAAAGAAGAGAUUGACUCCAAGGAGAUGGUCGACGUUGAUCUCACAAAGGAGAAUCCAGUGCAAGUCGCUGCACUCCUCAAGAAGUUCCUACGAGAGCUACCCGAUCCUCUCAUGACAUUCAAAUUGCACAAAUUGUGGAUAACGUCACAGAGGAUCACGGAUGAGGAAACACGACGACGAGUGCUCCACCUCACAUGUUGUCUUCUUCCGAAGGCACAUAGAGAUACGAUGGAAGUAUUGUUCAACUUUAUGCAGUGGGUGUCUUCAUUCUCUCACAUCGAUGAGGAGUCUGGUAGCAAGAUGGAUGUCCACAACCUUGCUACUGUGAUGGCGCCCAAUAUUUUGCAUCUAGGUAAACGCGAUGUGCCCUUAGAUGACAACUUGCUUGCCAUCGAGGCGGUUCAUUCACUCAUCGAGUUCAAUGAGUAUAUGUGUGAGGUGCCCGAGGAUCUAGCACUCAUUCUCAACGACUCUACUCUGUUCUCUGCCAGCGCCGACAUCACAACAAAAGAAAUAUUGAAACGUUACGGCGACCGCACCAAAGGACCUUCAAGCACACAAGGCGACGUAGCACCACCACCGCAAUCUACAACGCCGAAGUCCCGCGAAAGCAGGGGUAGUGCGCCUGUCGUCACUCGCGUUGAUACAGAUGCCGAACAAGCCAACGCAUGGGGGAACGAAGCGAGCGUACGCCAUGUCGCAGCAGACAUGCCACCACAGCCACCAUUUGCGAUGCAUCCUAAUAAGAGUUCCGAGAGUCAAGGAAGUCCUACCAGAAACGGCAACCGAAACAGCGGAUACACAUCAAGACCUAUGGUGACAUAG